AUGCCAAAUAAAGAGAGUAUCAGCUCUUGUCACCCAGAUGAAGAAUCUAAACAACACAGCGACAAAUUCCUUCGCUACAAUUGCUUGAACCAGAAAUAUAUUGUUCCAAAGAUGUUUUAUUUCUUUUACUUUGCUGGACUUGGCGCCAUACUGCCAUUUUUGCCCUUGUUCUAUAAACAAUUAGGUCUCCCGGCCAAACAGGCCGGAAUCAUCUCCGGUAUUCAACCAUUCAUAUCGUUCGUAUUUACUCCAAUGUGGGGAGCGUUAUCGGACAAGACCAAGAGGGGAAAACUGGUAUUCGUGAUUUCGUUCAUUGCUUCAGUAGCUGUUGGAAUAGCAUUUCUGCUAACUCCAAUGCCAACAUGCAAACACAAAAUGAGAGGAGACAUUCAUCGGGAAUCAACAUCUGCGAGAAAUCAGUCUUUUAUUAAAAACAUGUAUCAGUUGAUAUCAGAAUCGCAGAAUCUUUAUCGAUGGUCAAUGGGAAGGGAAGAACAGAAUGAUUUUCUUGUACUCAGUCACGAGCAAGCUGGUCGCCAGAAAAAAUUCGAUGUAUUUUUAUACCUGCUGUUAGUCAGUUUAUUUGGUACACUAUUCUCGUGCCCAGGCCUUGCUCUUGGUGAUUCUGCUGCUGUAUGCCUCUUGCGGAGUAACAACGAUAUACAUCAGUAUGGAAAACAGAAAAGAUGGGCCUCAAUAGGGUGGGGUUUGGCUGCGUUUAGUUUCGGUGCAAUGGUGAGUGACAAAUAUUUGUGUCCGUUGGUACCUGGACAAAAAAGAACUAUUGACUACAGUUUAUGUUUUUAUGGCUCCAUUUCAUUGAAGCUUUUAGCUCUUUUUUCCGGGCUUCGGCUUGAUUUCGGUUUAAACGGUACAGACAGUAGGGAUGACACGGUAAGGGAAAAGCAAAUUGGUGUUAUGGCAGCGUUAGAAGCAGUGAGUCGUCCUCGUUACUUGGCAUUCUUUGUAAUUGUUCUUUACAGUGGAAUGACUUUUGGCAUGAUCAUGGGAUUCCUUUUUUGGCACUUGGAAGACUGUUCUUCCCCACAGAUAAUGUUUAGCAUAAUACCUGUUGUGAGAUGUAUUGCAGACGUCAUAGUGUACUCAGUGUCCCCUCACGUUAUAACUAAAAUAAGUGUGCAUAAUUUGCUAUACCUUGUGUUGGCGUCUUAUGUGGUGCGAUUGACAAGUUAUGUACUCAUUACCAAUCCGUGGUGUUACCUUGCCCUUGAAGUUUUGUCAGGAUUAACUUCUGCAGGAGGCUGGGCAGGAUUUGUGACGUAUAUUGCAUAUAACUCCGUGGAAGGAGCCCCUGCCACUUUACAAGGUAUGCUCCACGGUGUGUAUCAUGGAGUAGGUCAUGGACUAGGGCGAGUAAUAGGAGGUUUUCUCUUCAGUAGCUAUGGAGCUCAAGUAACAUUCUCUAUAUUUGGUGGCCUCGGGUUAAUUAUGCUAUUGAUGUUUGGGUCAGUUAACAAAAUAUUCGAAGAUAAACCAAAUGAUCAAAGUUAA